CUGAGCACAUGGAUGAAGAGGAGUUGUUCCGUCAAUUUGCAAAGCAACCACGCCAAAGUGUGAAACAACCUCACCCCUCCAACAGACAUCUUGUACACAGUGUGGAAGACCACAUAGAUCACCAACAGAUGAAAUACAACCCAUAUUACACCCCAGAGAAGGCACAUAUUGAGAGUGACAAUAGCUUAGAAAUGGAGAAAUCUUUGCAAAGUGUUACAGGACAGAGAGUAUCUUUUGAUAGCUAUCAAUCAGGAAGUAGUGAAGAAGAGAGAGAGAUAGCAAACAUGGACAAAACAUUCACCACAGGAAGAAAACAAAAUGGAGCUCAAAAGUCUGCAGAUUCUGAAGAGGAGUUUGAAAUUAACAGAGAAGUUUGUCAGAAGAACACAGUCUCUUUGAGAAGCUCAAGUGGUUCAGAUAUUGAUGUUGUUGGAAAAGAAGUCAUAGGUAAAGUAAUGGAACGAAAGAACAGUAACGGAGACUGGAAUGGAAUCACUGUACUGAGCCCUACUGCAUCAGCAGGAUCGUUUUCUGAUAUCCAGGACUUCUCCUGCAUUCCAUGUGACAGAUGUUCCAUUGAUAAAAUGCGCACGAAAACACCUUUGUGUUCAGGUGGACCAAUCGAUAACAGUACUCCCCAUUCUGUCAUCACAGGGAAGAAUGUUUCUUCAGGCUCCUGUCCACAUCACAUUAGUUUUGAAUCACUGCUGCUACGAUCUAAAAUCAUAGAUACCUCCUUGUGGCAAAGUACUGAGUCAAGUGUGUUAUCUCCUGGGACAUUUGGAGCAGCUUGUGAAGAAGCCAGCAAAAUCCAAAAUCCAAUCACUCUUCCUGCUGCUACAUCAGUGUUCAACAUUGCUAAGUGUCAAGUGGAGCAGGAGUGUGGACAGACAUGUGCAGCUCCUCCCAAUCCCCCAACUCAAUUGACAGAAGAGAAAGCAAAAUCAGCAGAAGGUAUUGUUCUUAAGUUAGUGGAGGAUGAGAAGGAUGAAGGAACUGUACCAAAAAGGAUGCAGGAAACAUUGGAUCAUCCCAGUGACUGUGAAUGGUGCAGACUGCAAAAAUCCUUCGAAGAAAAUCCGAGAGCUCAUUCUACACUGGACAGCGUUUUGGAGAUGAUAGAAUCUGCAGUUCAAUCAAAAGAAGAAAUAAUCAAGAAAUAUGCACCCAGCGAAGAGGCCUUACGUAUGUUACAAAAGGCAGAAUCUGGAAGCACUGGAAACCAAACCAACACCACAACUGCACAGGAAGAAUCAACAGGAGACACAGGAAACAAAACAUCAAUUACAAGUAGCACAGGUGAGAGUUCCAAUAAAAAAGCAAUUGAAAGAACAAACUGGACCCAGCCUCACAGGAUCAUCAUCUUGAAAUAAAGCAACAAUUGGAUGUCAAAUACCAUGCGGAGAAAUCUCAGCUCAACAGGAUACAAGUACACAACAUCCUUCAGAGUUCAAGGAGCUUGUAAUUCUCUUAACCUUCUUGAAAUGUUUCUUCAAACUGGAUUUCAAAGCAUAAUAAAUCAAAUGGUGCACUGUAGUACUGGUACAUGGUUUAAGACAUUAUGAAUAGAAUCAGAAGUUUGUUAGCCACUAAACAAGUUGCACAUUACUAUAAAUGCAAUAAAAAUUUGCAUCUGCUCUCUGCCAAUAUUAAAAUGCAUCCACAAUUUGCAAAGAUUGAUAUAUUUUUCAUCUUUUUGGUGAUAGAGAGAUUCAAAGAUUCAUUUUAUUGUCAAAGUGUGCACAUACAACUGAUAUUUGUCUAUUCCAGAUGGCCAUUAAAUACA